AUUCCUACCGGACCUUUCCGCCCCGACGCGACCAAUUUUGGGAGCAAUGGAGUUUUGCUUUACGCAGAAUUCAUUCCCAUAUUCCUUUGUUUCCCUUCUCUUCUCGUUCGAUUAGCUAUGGCUGCCGCAUCUGCCACCGGUAUUCAUCGGAAUCAGGUUGAUCUGUCCGACUUCAUUAACUGGUCUGGUGUCGAGUGCCUUAACCAGAAUUUCAGCCAUACUUUUACAAAUGCUCUUAACCAGACUUGUAGGGAUAAUGACAGCUUGCUUCUGGAGAGUGAUGCAGACGAGCAGCUUUUGAUAUACAUACCUUUUAACCAAGUCAUUAAAUUGCAUUCCUUGGUCAUUAAGGGACCUGAAGAGGAAGGCCCUAGGACUGUAAAGCUUUUCUCAAACAAGGAGAAUAUGGGAUUUGGCAACGUCAAUGACUACCCUCCUAGUGACACGAUCGUGUUGUCCCCAGAUAAUCUUACGGGAAAGCCAGAGGUUGUAAAGUACGUGAAAUUUCAAAAUGUUCGUAGCUUGACAAUUUUUAUAGAGGAUAACCAAUCCGGAGCUGACACUACAAAAAUUCAAAAGAUUGCCUUGUACGGAACAACCGUUGAAACAACUGACAUGAAGGGCCUAAAGAAGAUCGAGGAUCACUGAAUGCCAAAAAAGAGAGGAAUGAUGGUCUCACACUCAUAUGAUUAUGAGUAAUUGAUAUCAAAGUUCAAUCUGCCAUAACGAUAAGAACUUUAUAAUGGCUUUUUGAUGUCGUAUUCUGGAACUUUGAUGAGUUUGUAUACCUGCUCGAUCGGUGGCAAUGUGUAGUUCAAUAUAUCACACUUAUGCACAUUGUUAGGUAGUCAAAUUCUCUAACUAUUAGAUCUGCUUGAUCAUGGUUGAGAUUAAGUUAGCCAUUUAAAAUGAAUACGAGAGGAAUUGAUUUACGUAUUGUGCUGAAUAGAUGUAUUGUUUUCUUCUCAAUAAGGUUGAUCCAACCAAACUAAUGAAUGACCCUUUAAGAUCA